AUGUUUGCAACUACAGGGAUGCCUCAAAAUGGAGAAACGGGACAGCAGAUCACGCGCAGCUCGAACGAUCGCUUUGAGCUCAUUUCCGGUCCUCUGAUCAACCUCAAGAAUAUGCACUACGAAGCUACAACCACCUGGCACGGCAGUGUUUUGAUUGUCACAAAGCCAACCCAGGAGCAGCCCCAGCUGCGCCUGCGCCAGGUCGGCGCCGUGGAUAGCGGAGCCCAGGACGGUGAGGGCAGGGUCCCCACAAGCCAAAUAAUCGAGGGUCUCAAGCUCUACGAGGAUCCCCUGAAAUCUUUCUGGCGAUUCUCGCUCGCUGUGCCAGUGGCGGCAUUCGAGGCGCGCUGGGCGUACGACAUCCCUGGUCUGUACAACGAGUCCGGGGCCCACCUGGCACCGGGGGAAUUUGUCGUUCCUGCAGAAGAGCAGUCUAUGCGCAUCAUGUUCCACUCGUGUAAUGGGUUUUCUGUCGGCACGGACAUGAACGCCUGGGUGGGACCGAAUCUGUGGAACGACGUGAUGCGCAUGCAUGACAAGAGGCCAUUCCAUGUCAUGGUAGGCGGCGGUGACCAGAUCUACAACGAUGGUAUUCGUGUAGAUGGCCCACUCAAGCCUUGGACGGCGAUUUCGAACCCGCACAAGAGGCGCAACCAUGACUUCAAUAAUAAGAUGCGCGCUGAUUGCGAUGACUACUACUACGCCAACUAUGUCCGCUGGUACAAUACUGACCCAUUCCGCACGGCCAAUGGCCGCAUCCCACAGGUCAAUAUCUGGGAUGAUCAUGAUAUCAUUGAUGGGUUCGGCUCGUACACGGAUCACUUCAUGAAGUGUGCUGUCUUCCGCGGUAUCGGCGGUGUUGCUUUCAAGUAUUACUGCCUCUUCCAGCACCACAUUGCUCCGCCCAAGUCGACUUUCACCACCGAUUCCCCGCAGACGAUGCACGCCGUCAAUGGAACUUCCGGUGUUGAUCCGCGUCAAGUGGAGAACACCUACGUGCUCGAGAACCAAGUCGAGGACGACAGCUGGAUCAUCGGUAAACGGCCCGGUCCGUACGUGGAAGAGCGUAGCCGGAGUAUCUACAUGCGUUUCGGCAAGCGCAUUGCCUUUGUGGGUCUGGAUGCUCGUACCGAGCGUACUCGCCACCAGGUCAACUAUGAGGACACCUACGAUCUGAUCUUCGAUCGAUUGCAGCGCGAGAUCGUCGAUGCCAACGGCGACAUCAAGCAUCUGGUGGUAUUACUGGGUGUGCCAAUCGCAUACCCACGUCUCGCAUGGCUCGAGAACAUCCUCACAUCACCCGUAAUUGCGCCGGUCCGGCUAUUGAACAAACGCUUCGGCGUGGCAGGCGGCCUCUUCAACGAAUUCGACGGCCAAGUCGAUCUUCUGGACGACCUAGACGACCAUUACACCGCGCGUCAGCACAAGCGCGAGCGCAAGAUGCUAGUGCACCGCUUGCAAGAGUUCGCCCGCAGUCACAGCGUGCGCGUAACCAUCCUCGGCGGCGACGUCCACCUCGCUGCCAUCGGCCGCUUCUACUCGAACCCGAAACUCAAUCUCGCAGGUGAAAACGACCAUCGCUUUAUCGUCAACGUCGUCAGCAGCGCGAUCACCAAUAAGCCCCCGCCCCAGGCCGUCGCCAACCUUCUAGCCCGCAGAAACAAAAUCCACCACCUCGACCACGAUUGCGACGAGACCCUCAUGCCUUUCUUUGACAAGCAGCCCGGUGGCCAGGAGAAGAGCGCAGCCUGGAAUAAGGUCACCAUGCCUUCCCGCAACUACGCCAUUCUCACCGAGGUCGUUUCCCCCAGCCCCAAUAACCCCGGUGUGCUCGAAGCCAGUUCCGCGAAAUUGGAGCGUCUUCCCAAGGACGGCCAUGCACCACUGCACAAGGGUGAAGUCGAUGCUGGAACGACGCACAGCGCCGCGGAUGGGUUCACCUGUGAAAGCGGCAUGUAUGGCGGACUGGACGUUGCCAUCCGUGUCGAGGUCGAUCCCCAGAAUCGUAGCGCUACUACUGAGGGGUAUGGAUUUAGUAUCCCGCCCCUGUUUGCUACCGAGGGACCCCCUUCCGCCGGUCACCGGCUUAGUCUGCACUCGCGCAGGUCCCAGGGUCGGCCCUCGACGGCGCAGUGA